UCGCGCACAUGCUGAUAGACCUCGGAAUCGGUGGGGAAGAUGGCCACGACCAUGAACACGCCCGUAGGAGGAGGGACGUCAUAGCAACACGCUCGAAGGGGCGGAGCAUAGAGAAGCGAGCUACGGUAUUGGCUGAUGAUCACGACCACGCCAAUCAUAGCCAUUCACGCGUUGCGAACGUUACAACGACAUGCUUUUCGAGCGAAGAACUACUAGACAUAUACGGUAUUGACCAUGAAGCUGGAAUUACCGAAGAACAGUUCAACGAACUUUCUCCGUCACUGGUGCAACAAAUCUUGAGUGGAGCAUGCGAAAUUACAACUACUGAGCCAUCGGAUAUCUCCAAAGCAAAAAUGUGGGGAUACGGGACUCUAGCAGUUUUCAUCAUCAGCCUGUUUGCGGUGCUCGGUGGGUUGUUCGUCCCUUGUAUGUCAGAAGGUUUCUAUGACAAGACCAUACAAACAAUGAUAGCUUUAGCCGUGGCUACUCUGACUGGUGAUGCUGUCUUACAUCUUUUACCACAGGCCGUGGGUCUCCACACCCACGACAGCAGCGGUCACAGCGCUCAUGCGCCUACGAGCCCGGAGAUGGCGUAUAUCUGGAAGUGUCUUGUCGUCGAGAUGGCCAUUUACGUCUUUUUCGUCUUCGAGCAGCUGACGAGUUUCACGAAGUGUGGUCACUCCCAUCACAGCCAUACACAAUCGGCGGAUGUAGAGAUGACAGCUAACGGGCACCAAGGGCGUGCUAUGUCGGGACAAGGAUCUUUUGCUAAUGGCAAAAACGGUCUAUCUCUCUCAGAAUCAAAGAGCGAACUAACAGCUAAUGAGGCAAAGGCAUUUGAAACUGAACUACCUCUCCCGAUCGAAGAUACUGAUUGCUGUGUAAGGGGUUGCAACCCCGUAGCAAUGAUGAUAAUCUUGGGCGACUCGCUGCAUAACUUCGGUGACGGUCUAGCGAUAGGGGCAGCAUUCUCACUGAGCUUAGCUGCCGGACUCUCAACUAGUAUAGCUGUCCUCUGCCACGAGCUCCCGCACGAACUAGGUGAUUUGGCCGUACUCAUGAAGCAGGGCAUGCGACUCCGAACGGCACUCCUGAUGAAUAUGAUGUGCGCUUGUACGGCAUUCAUCGGCUUGUGGAUCGGGAUCCCGCUCGGACAGACCGAGACGGCGCGGGAAUGGAUUUUCGCUGCUGUCGCUGGCAUGUUUCUCUACGUUGGACUCGUCGACAUGCUUCCGAUGCUACACCAAUACGACGGAAAAAGCAACAAGGUCACCGUGGCUAUUCUGCAGAAUAUUGGAUUCUUGGCGGGAAUUGGGAUUAUUCUGUUAAUAGCACUGUAUGAGGACGCUAUUGAAUUAUCCAUAUAGGGGAACGUGAGCCGUGAGGGGGUGGGAGGGAGGAAGGGAGGGUCAGAGUGGAGGGGUCAAGCUCGCUAUCAAUAAGGACCGCUAUUCAUAAGGACCGCUAUCCAUAACGCGGGACUGAAUGAAUAGCAAUCUUUUAUAAAUAGCGGUCCUUAUAAAUAGCGAGCAGACCGUGGGUUGA